CCGUUUCCCGGUCUCACCCGCCCCUUGCGCUGAUUGGUAGGUGCAAGCUUCGCUAUCUGACUGGCCGAACGAAUGCAGCGCGUAAUUUAAAACAUUGUAUCAGUAACAAAGGUGCGCCUCGUGGGCGGAGUUGUGCUCUCAGGCUGCGAAAGUCCAGGUUCGGCUGCCGGGUGUGAGUGAGACGGUACCGGAGGAGAAGUGUAGCGUCUUCGGACCUAAACUGCCCCUGCUGAAAUGUCGCAAGGGAUCCUUUCUCCACCCGCCGGCUUGCUGUCGGAUGAGGAGGUCGUAGUCUCCCCCAUGUUUGAGUCCACAGCUGCAGAUUUGGGGUCUGUGGUACGCAAGGACCUGCUGUCGGAUUGUUCUGUCAUCUCCACCUCCCUGGAAGACAAGCAGCAGGUUCCAUCUGAAGAUAGUACAGAGAAGGUGAAAGUAUACCUGAGGGUCAGACCCUUGUUACCUUCAGAGUUAGAACGACAGGAGGAUCAGGGUUGUGUCCGUAUUGAGAGUAUGGAGACCCUUGUCCUACAGGCACCCAAGGACUCUUUUGCCCAGAAGAGCAACGAGCGAGGAAUUGGACAGGCCACCCAUAGAUUCACCUUUUCCCAGAUCUUUGGGCCAGAAGUGGGACAGGCAUCGUUCUUCAAUCUGACUGUGAAGGAGAUGGUAAAGGAUGUACUUAAAGGACAGAACUGGCUCAUCUAUACAUAUGGAGUCACCAACUCAGGGAAAACCCACACAAUUCAAGGUACUGUCAAGGAUGGUGGGAUCCUGCCCCGGUCCCUGGCUCUGAUUUUUAAUAGCCUCCAAGGCCGACUUCAUCCAACACCUGAUCUGAAGCCCUUGCUCUCCAAUGAAGUCAUGUGGCUAGACAGCAAGCAGAUCCAGCAGGAGGAAUUGAAGAAACUGGCCCUGCUAAAUGGAGGCCUCCAAGAGGAGGAGCUAUCCACCUCCUUGAAGAAGAGUGUCUACAUUGAAAGUCGAAUGGGUACCAGCACCAGCUUUGACAGUGGCAUUGCUGGGCUCUCCUCCACCAGUCAGUUUACCAGCAGUAGCCAACUAGAUGAAACAAGUCACCGAUGGGCACAGCCAGACACUGCCCCAGUAAGUGUCCCUGCAGAUAUUCGCUUCUCCAUCUGGAUCUCCUUCUUUGAGAUCUACAAUGAACUGCUUUAUGACCUGUUAGAACCACCUAGCCAGCAGCGCAAGAGGCAGACACUGCGGCUGUGUGAGGAUCAGAAUGGCAAUCCCUAUGUGAAAGAUCUCAAUUGGAUUCAUGUUCAGAAUGCCGAGGAGGCCUGGAAACUCCUGAAGGUGGGUCGUAAAAACCAGAGCUUUGCCAGCACCCAUCUGAACCAGAACUCCAGCCGCAGUCAUAGCAUCUUCUCAGUCCGGAUCCUGCACCUUCAGGGGGAAGGGGAUAUAAUCCCCAAGAUUAGCGAGUUAUCACUCUGUGAUCUGGCUGGCUCAGAGCGCUGCAAAGAUCAAAAGAGUGGUGAGCGGCUGAAGGAAGCAGGAAACAUUAACACUUCUCUGCACACUCUGGGCCGCUGUAUUGGUGCCCUGCGUCAAAAUCAGCUGAACCGGUCAAAGCAGAACCUGGUUCCCUUCCGUGACAGCAAGUUGACUCGAGUAUUCCAAGGCUUCUUCACAGGCCGAGGCCGCUCCUGCAUGAUUGUCAAUGUGAAUCCAUGUGCAUCUACCUAUGAUGAGACCCUUCAUGUGGCCAAGUUCUCAGCCAUUGCUAGUCAGCUUGUUCUUGCUCCACCUGUGCAACUCGGAUUCCCAUCGCUACAUUCAUUCAUUAAGGAACACAGUCUGCAGGCACCUCCCAGCUUAGAGACUGGAGCUAAGGCAGACCCAGGCCUUGAUGAUGACAUUGAAAAUGAUGUUGACAUCUCUACAUAUGGCAAGGAGGAGCUCCUACAGGUGGUAGGAGCCAUGAAAGCACUGCUUUUGAAAGAACGGCAGGAAAAGCUGCGGCUGGAGAUGCAGCUCCGUGAUGAAAUUUGCAAUGAGAUGGUGGAGCAGAUGCAACAACGGGAACAGUGGUGCAGUGAACAUUUGGAUACGCAAAAGGAACUACUAGAGGAAAUGUAUGAAGAGAAACUAACGAUCCUCAAGGAGUCACUGACAAGCUUUUACCAAGAAGAACUUCAGGAGCGGGAUGAGAAGAUUGAGGAGCUAGAAGCUCUCUUGAAGGAAGCCAGAGAGCAGCCAGUGGCCCGUCAACUACCAGGGUCUGAACUACCCAUACGGCGGUCACAAAGGUUGGCAGCUUCUGCCUCCACUCAGCAGCUCCAGGAGAUUAAAGCGAAACUGGAAGCAGAGCUAAACUCCACCACUGAAGAGCUGCAGAAAUAUCAGAAAAUGUUAGAACCACCACCCUCAGCCAAGCCCUUCAUUGUCAAUGUGGACAAGAAGUUAGAGGAGGGCCAGAAGAAUAUAAGGCUGCUGCGGAUAGAGCUUCAGAAACUUGGUGAGUCUCUCCAGUCAGCAGAAAGAGCCUGUUGCCAUAGCACUGGAGCAGGAAAACUUCGCCAAGCCCUGGCCACAUGUGAUGACAUCUUAAUCAAACAGGAUCAGACCCUGGCUGAGCUGCAGAAUAACAUGAUGCUAGUAAAACUGGACCUUCGGAAGAAGGCAGCAUGCAUCGCGGAGCAGUAUCAUACUGUGCUGAAACUCCAAGGCCAGUCUUCUACCAAAAAGCGCCUCGGUGCCAACCAGGAAAACCAGCAACCAAACCAACAGCCCCCAGGGAAGAAACCAUUUCUUCGUAACUUACUUCCCCGAACACCCACCUGCCAAAGCUCAACAGACUGCAGCCCUUAUGCCCGGAUCCUGCGUUCACGGCACUCCCCUUUACUCAAAUCUGGGCCUUUUGGCAAAAAAUACUAAGGUCGUGAGAAGGAGAGAGCAUUGCCCUGAGGUGGGUCAGCUGCUCAGCUUAAGAAAUAGGUCUCUUUAAAGCUUUACCAUAUAUAUACCUGGAACUCUAUCCAGCAUGCAAUAUUCAGACACUAGUUGUUUUUCUCCCUUUUGUAAUAUAAUCACCUAUAUAAUCUUACACUUUUUUACUUAUAUGGUUUCUAUGCACACAAGUUAUAUUAAAAUAAAGAUAUUCACAUUUUAAGUUUGAAUUCUAAAUUUAGCAUAAUCAUUGAAGUAAAUUAUAAAAGGGGCAGAAAAAUUGAAAAUCAAAUAUCAUUCAGGGACUUCCCUGGUAUUCCACUGGCUAAGAAUCUGCCUUCCAGUGCAGGGGACAAGGGUUCCAUCCUUGGUUGAGGAACCAAGAUCCCACAUGCCGCGGAACAAUGGAGCCUGCAUGCCACAACUAGAGAGCCCAUGUACUCUAGAGCCCGCAUGCCACAACGAAGAGCCCAUGCACUGCAACAAAAGAUCCUGCAUUCCACCACAAAGGUCCCACAUGCUGCAACCAAGACCCGACACAGCCAAAUAAAUAAAUAAGUAAUAAUUUGUAAAUAUAUAUAUAUAUAUAAUCAUUCAGGCCCCUGGGAACUUUGCACAGGAAUGGCAGUACAGAUCAGCAACUGGUGUACAGCUAACCCAAGAAAGACUGGUAAGAAAUGAAUUCAAGGGACAUUAGAUAUUCUAAACCUUCCUUAAUAUAAAAUGAAGUGUCAUAUAUUAGGAG